CCCACACGCGUACCGACGACCUUCGCAGUCGUCCGUCCAAUGAGUACAAAAGCCAGUAUCACCAUCUAAACAGAAUUUCGCUGUCUGAAUGGUGUUCAAACCGUUCACCACUCUCGCUCGUCAGAGCAUCUCGAGGCACCUCGUCAAUGGAUACGCACAGUCGGUCGUAGCCGCCACCCAAUCGUCGUAUGCCUCGUCGACGAUCCCCAUCAAGUUCGGCCAGAACAAUGCUCCGGCCAAGAUCCAGAAUGCCUUCGGUGGUGCCCAUUCGGGCCGCGCCGCGCCCAAGGACGGCUCCGGAAGUGAGAGCGUGAAUGCUUACUUCGCGGCACAGUCGGCGGCGGAUGACAAGGAGGACCGAAAAUAUCUCUUCUCGAAGAAGAUACUCUGGUCCAAAGCCCAGCAUCAGCAACAGCAGAAACAGCUGCUCGGCGCGAUGCCCGAACCCAUAGCCGAGCCCCUGUCGGUCCGAACACGAUCGGAUUCUCUCGGCUCGGUUGCGGAGGAGGAGGCCAUUGUCGAACUCGAGGCCGGUGCUUCGAAGGAGGCGGAGGCGGCGGUUGUGGAUGAAGUUGAAGCUGCGGCGGAGGAGGUGACGACGACGGAGGAGCCACAGGCUUCCCUUGAAGAUGUCCUUCUGCAGGAGCCUGAGACCCCGGAAACGAGGGAACUCAACGCGCAGUUGCAGUCGUUGCGCGAUCAGAGACGAUGGGAGGAGGUAACUAUGGUCUUCCGGCAUAUGACUGAGCAGGGAUACACGCCGAAUACGGCCUCGUAUAAUCUGCUUCUCGACUCCAUGGUCAGCCUACGGCCUCGAUAUGUCGCGCAAGUAAUCGAUGUUUACUCGGCGAUGCUUCGGCAGAAGCUGAUCCCGACGACGAGCACUUACACCAUCUUGAUCGACUUCCUCUCGGCGCGCGCAUUGGGAUCCCUCAAGAUCGCCACCGAUGCCGAACGCGACGCCCAACGGUUCGGCGUUACACUCGAAUCCAAGACACAGCAGGUCGAAGAUAUGAAGAAUGAAGGCGCAAUGGACCUGGCUCUCAGCCUAUUCUACGACAGUACCGAAGUCCGCAUCGAGCGCGUUUUCCCGACCUUCGUCUACCAGACACUGAUCCACGCUUGCUCCAAGUACAAGCGCGACGACGACAUGCUGAAGGUGUAUGCUCACAUGGAGACGCACGGAGUCGCACCUACGCCGGAAAUCAUCAGAUCGCUCAUCCGGGGAUUCGGCAGGACCGGGGAUGUCCGCGCCGCGGUCGAGACAUAUAACUGCUGGUUGCAGAUGGGUAUCGCGCAGGACCCCGCUAUGAUGGAUCAAAGAUAUCAAGUCUACACCGAUCUUAUCAAGGCCUACAUGGACGCAGGUGAUGCGGCUGGCGCCCUAACUUUCCUUUCAAAGGUUGUCGACAUCAGCCGCGAAAGAGAACGCAUUGAAUGGCUCAAGCGCGCCGUCGUUGAAGGGUUUGUCGCGCAAGGUGACAUCGCCGCCGCCAAGAAGUGGACUUCUCAGCUGGCAAUUCAAUUUACACCUAGCGAGUGGCUUGCCCGCUUGAUGACCCGGAUCGCAGAUCAAGACGAACUCGACUUCUCCCGACAAAUAUACAACACCAUCAACUUCGACAACAUGGAGCUCAACAACAUCCAGAAACAGCAAACCACCGCCGAAUGCCAGAUGUCCGGUCUCGCGCUCUGCAUCCGCGGCGAGAACGUCGAUCUCGCCCGCGAUCUCUGGCGUGACCUCUGGGAUCGCAACACGUCGACCGGUCCCGACAUCUCGGCGACACUCGCAUACGUCGGCCUCCUCUUCCGCCAAUCAUACCCUAACGAGGCGCUCGUCGUGCUCAACCAGUUUAGUAACUUCUUCCUCGAGUAUCCCACCAUGAACCAAGUUCCGGAUCCCAUCUUCGAUAUCGAGGCCAAGCGCACCGCUCUCCGCGAGGGUUUCGAGCACGUGAUCGUGAGCCUUUCAGCGAGGAGUCUCCUCAGUCCUAGCAUUGCUCUCGACAUCGCCGGUUUCAGCCUGGUGCACUGCAACGGACUCGGACUCGAAGCUUCAAGGCGUGUUGUCGGACUUUUCGACCGCACCAGACUGAUGGGUUUGACUGCGUCUCAGCUCGCACUCGUUCUUCAAAUCCAGUACAACUUGAUGAAGACCAGCCUGGAGUCCGGAAUGCCACUUUGGCCCAAUGAUAGUGCAACCUUCCACACUAUGUUCGGUCUCGCUCUGGGUCAUCAGUUCCCGAUCUCCGGACCGAUCGCGGAGCUCCUUGGACGUGGUGCUGCUAUGCUCGCUUCCGUUUUCCCCGACAUGGAGGAAACCUGGAAGCAAUACGUGCAGCAGGAGUUUUUCAGGACCGCUACGCCCGUUUCCAUGGUUUCCGUCUCUCCCACCCUUGUGGCGGUGAACGAACACGAAAACCCCAUCGACAAGCACUACGAUCCGUACUUCGCGAAAAUCGAUGUCAAGACCUCUGACUCUAUCGACGUCAUCCUCGAUCGCUCCAAGUACAACAAGAUUGCCGAUCUGAGGCGCAUGUACCGCAGCUCCCGACGACAAGGCCGCACUCUUCGGCUGACCACCCUGGCCAAGAUCAUCACCGCCGCUGCUCGCACUGGCAUGCACGAGGACUUUAUGGAUGAGAUCAUGAGGAACGCUAAGAUCGAUUGUCCUCCCGGAUCACUCGAGUAUCCCGUCGCCAGAUUCGGUUGGGGUUCUCUGUUGGACGCUAUGAUUGCCGCUCAGCUGAACCUUGGACAUCGCGACAAGGCCCGCACCUUCCACAAGGAGAUGUCGAGCUACAACCUUUCGCCUUCCGCCAAUACCUAUGGACUUUACAUCGUCUCCCUCAAGGCCACUCAUCAGACCUACGAUGAGGCCUCUGAGGCUGUCACCAUCUUCCAGGAAGCUGUCAACGAGAAUGUCCUGCCCACUUCCUUCCUCUACAACGCAGUUAUAGGAAAGCUCGCGAAGGCGAGAAGGGUGGAUGAUUGUCUUGCCUUCUUCACCUCCAUGCGCCUUGCUAGAAUCAAGCCUACCUCGGUGACCUAUGGAACGAUGAUCAACGCGCUCACCCGUGUGGGCGACGAGACUUUCGCGGAGGAGCUUUUCCAGGAGAUGGAGUCGAUGCCCAACUACAAACCUCGACCAGCCCCCUACAACUCACUGAUCCAGUUCUUCAUCACGACCAAGCGUGAUCGCACCAAGGUCCUCAACUACUACAACCGCAUGCUCGCGCGUGGUAUCGCUCCUACCGGACACACUUAUAAGCUCAUGAUUGAGGCGAAUGCUACUCUCGAUGAGCCGGAUAUGGCUGCUGCGGAAGGUAUUCUCGAUACGAUCGCCGCCAGUGGUCUUCCCAUCGAGUCUGGACACCACGCCGCCCUCAUUCACGCCAAGGGAUGCGUCCUGCACGAUAUCCCCGCCGCGGUCGAGCACUUUGAGAAGGUCAUCAACGGAGGCAAGAUCGUUCCCGACAGCACCCUUUACCAGGCUCUUCUUGAGUGCUACGUUGCCAACCACCUCGUCUCCGAGACUCCCCGCUGGGUCAAAGACAUGGAACACAAGCGCAUCCAGAUGACUCCGUACAUCGCCAACACGCUCAUCCACGGAUGGGCCAUGCAGAAGGACAUCGAGAAGGCGCGCGAAAUCUACGAUAUGCUCGGAUCUCGUGCGGGUACGGCCCGUCGCGAGCCCAGCACCUACGAAGCCAUGACCCGCGCCUACCUCGCCGUCCAAGACAGGGAGAACGCUAAGAAGAUUGUCGAUGAGAUGAUGGGACGCGGUUACCCCAGUGCCGUUAUCGCCAGAGUCCUCGAUCUUGUUCGUAUGAGCGAUCAGCCCGAUGCUUGAGCGAGUCAUCACCUUCCACGUCUGCGUGCAGCGUU